GAUGCCUCAUUAAGUGAGAUAAAGAGAGCAUUUAGAAACCUUUCAAUCAUUCUUCAUCCUGAUAAAAGCGAUGCAGAAGAUGCCAACAUACAAUUCAGAAACAUGGUAGCAGUUUAUGAAGUUCUUAAAGACACCGCAAAGAGAGAAAAAUAUGACAAUGUAUUGAAAAAUGGGUUACCAAAUUGGAAAUCUGCAGUGUAUUAUUAUCGUAAGGCAAGGAAAAUGGGCCUUAUGGAAGGUACACUUCUUCUUUUCAUCAUCAUUACAAUCGGACAGUAUUUAGUGUCGUGGGCUGUUUAUUUCGAGAAAAAGUACACAAUGGCACAAUUCUUUGAAUCAAAAGCGAAAAAAGUGAAAAAAGCAAAUGUCGACUUUGAUUCAAUUCUUAGUGAAAUACCAAAGCCAAGUAUCAAAAAUACUCUGCCAUUUCAAAUUCCCAUUGGAUUAUAUCAUAUGGUAAUUGGGACUCCUUCAGCUAUUAAAGGAUCUGUUAAUUUGAUCAGCGAAGAAGUCAAAAAAGAGUUAGAAAGGAAACGAAAGGAAAAGGAAGAAGAAGAAUUAAUGAAAAAAUUGGAAGAAGAAAGACAACAGCAGAAAGAAGAACGAAAAGAAGGCUUGAGACGUCGAAAGGAACAGCGUUCGAAACUUAUGGAACGAACUGAUGAAGAGUUGGCUGCUUAUUCUGCAACAAUCAUUAAACAUAAAGGCAACGAAGAAAUUAAAGUGAAAGUUCCGAUUUCUGGCGGAUUAUGGACUGACGAUGAUUUGGUGGAACUAACGAGACUUACAAAGAAAUAUCCAGGUGGGACUGUUGAUCGAUGGGAAAUCAUUGCUGAGACAAUGGGUAGAAAUGUCAGUGAAGUUACUUUCAUGGCAUAUAAACUGAAAGACAAUGUUUAUCAAUCCCCUGGUGACACUGAAAAGUUGGUGGAAAAUAUUAACAAAGAAAUUACGAAGAAAAUUAAAACUCGAUCAACCGAUGUCAGUUCUUCAGCUGAGAAAGGUUGGACACAACAGCAGCAAAAAGCUCUUGAGAAUGCCAUACAAAAAUAUCCUAAACGAGGAAAUGAAGACAGAUGGUCGAAAAUUGCUGCUGCUGUGCCAGGAAAAACAAGAGAAGAAUGUCAAUUACGAUACAAAUAUCUUGUAGAGUUGGUGAAAAAGCAAAAGGAAGAAAACGAUUCUAAACAGCAAGAACCAGAAAAGGAACAGGAAGAGGAAGUAGAAACAAAAGUUGAAGAGGAAAUAGUAGAAGAUCAAGAGGAAGUUGAAGUUCCGCAACAAAAAGCCGAAAGUCUGAAGCAGUACACAAAUGUUAUUGACAUGUGGGAGUUCUUCGAAAUCAUUCAUAAAAAGACUGGACGACCUUUUGUUGAGAUUGAUGAAGUUUAUAAGCUGCAACAUUUUGAUGCAAUGUUUGAAAGCGGAGUUUUUAUUGAUAAGUUCGAGGAAACAGUUUGUAGUCGUAAUGAUUACGAUAACAAUCAUUACUUUGAGUACUAUAAUAUAACUGAGAAUCGCAUUACCUGUUUAAACUUUCAAGGAAGUGCUUCAUUGCUUCAAAACGUCUUAGAAACUUACGAAGACAAAAAGCUCCUGAAACAUAAGAAACAACGAAUUGUUCUCUUUGCUCAUGCUGAAACAGCCCUUCAUGAUUCAUUUGGUGAUAAAGAAUAUUGGGAAGCUCGUCGUUCAAUGAGAUUUAAUAAAUAUUUAGAGGCAGUCGCAACAGCAUAUCGAAUGGAUUUCCUUGGAUCUACAAAUGAGAAUGGAAAAGUUCAAAGACCAGAUUCUUGGACUGAUGAAAAAAGUUACCGUGGUGCCGUUGGUGGCGAAUAUGUUUGCGUUCAUAUGCGGCGAGCUGACUUUUUAUAUGGAAGAGAACCACAAAUUCCAACACUUCGUAGCAUUGCGAAUCAAAUUAAAAGGAAACUUGCUGAGCUGCAAAUUCACAAAGUUUAUCUUUCAAGUGAUUGUUCAGGAUCAGAAUUUCAUGACUUAAAAUCUCUGCUGCGAAGUGUUAGCUUAUACAGAUUCAAACCACCUUGGGAAUAUCAUGUUCACUUAGGUGAUGGUGGAUUAGCUGUGAUAGAUCAAAUAAUAUGUUCCCAUGCGAGCUGGUUUAUUGGAACCUUCGAAUCAACAUUUACUUACAGAAUCUACGAAGAAAGAGAGAUUUUAGGCUUUCCACAAGAGACAACGUUCAAUACUCUUUGCAAAAGAGACGACUUAAUUGAUUGCAAUAACAAUUCCGUAUGGCCAAUACGGCAUUAA